UCAUCAUCAUGCGCGCGUACACCCAAACAAGUCAUGGCGGCGGAGAAAGGAGCUGAGAGCUCGGCUAAAGACAUGACAGCGGCAGAAGCGCAGCUUCUUCGCCGCCGACAAGAGUUGGAUUACUGGAAGAAAAACGCAGCGCGGAUCCGCAGCAGGAACCUUGUGACUGGCUUGUGUAUUGGGGCGUUUGUCGUCGGCAUGUUUAGCUACACCAUUUUGUCCGUCAAACAGGAGAGAAUCCUGGACGAAAUGGACGACGAGGCCAGGAGCCAUAUCAUCAGAGGGCCACGGACUGGCGCUAACUCUUAAGGACACAGACACAGAAAAUGAACUCUUAGGCUUUAACCCCAUAAGGAUGUUAUUGUUAUCUUAUUCAUACGAUUCGGCGCACAAAAUGCGCGACGGCUGCUGAGCCCCUCAAAACUUGCACCCAUGUUAGCAAUGGAUCUGAUGUUCAGUUUAAAGUGAGAAUAAAGUGUAACUAUCCACACAGAGAUUGACUCCAGUGUUCCCAACAGGACAGUCCAGAUUUAUUCAUGGCAGGCCACCACAAAUAAAUGAAUGUAUUGGAAACACUGGACUAACAACUUCACUUAAAACCAGUAAUUAAAUUUCACUGUCAUGUUUUUUUCCCAAUAUAUUCAUAAAAGAAUAUUGUGGUUCCUUGCUGUUUUGUUAUUAUUAGUAAAAAAUAUGCAUAUUUAAGCACACUUUACAUAUUCUUGGCCUAAAUUGUGCAUUUUCAAGGAUAAAAAUGGCUGAAUAAACUAUGUGAAAUGCAAAUACUGUACCUUAGUACCUUAGUGUUGUUAUUAUAUAAGCAUGUACUGUAGUCAGCGUAUCAAAGAAAGAAAUAAUAGCCUGUGUGUGAGUCUACAUUAUGUCUUAUUUUCACUUUUUAUGUACACUGUAUUGGCUAAUACAGGUGUAAGGGUGACUAUAGGGGUUUCAUUUCAAAUGUGGAAGGUUCUAAUGGGCCGAUUAUGAUGUAUCACCAAUUAAUCAACAUCGCUGUCAAGGCCCGUGAAGGAGAACAUUUGAGUUUUUUCAUGCAAGUUUUUACAGAGCGUCUUAGUGUUUUAACGUCGUGGAAGUUGCAUCUCUGUGAAAGACAGAUGCAGCUGUUAAUCCACGUGUCCACCAUUAUCUAAGACUAUUACACAGCCUUUUAAAGUUGUGCAAAAAUGACCUUUGUGAGAUAAACAAAGCUAGAUGCAACUGUUAAUCCACAUGGCCACCAUUAUCUAAUGUAAGACUGUUAUACAGCUUUUUAAAGUGAAAUAAAGACAUGCAACUUUUAACUCCCGUGCCCAUCAUUAUUAUAAGACCACCUGGGGGGACAGAGCCUUCUCUGUUGCCGCCCCCUCCCUUUGGGAGUCACUUCCGCCACACGUCCGUGACACUGCCAACCUCACCACAUUCAAAACCAACUUAAAAACACACUUGUUCCGCACGGCUUUUCACAGGUAACUCUUUCAAACGUAUAUAUUUAGUAAUUACAUCACAUAGCAAUCUCGUCAUCUUUUCUUUUGCAUGUCAUUUAACUGUUUUAUUCUGAGCUCUGCUUUUUGGUUUUGCUAUUUUGUACACUUGUGUUUGUAAAGCGUCUUUGAGUUUUUCUAUUAUUAAUAUUAUUGUUACUACUACUGCUACUACUACACAGCGUCCCACUUCCCUUCAUGCUUCCAUGCAGGAUUUACAGGUUGUCACACAUUCACAAGUUCAUGUCUUCAUUAAAAUCAGUUUGAAAUUGUUCUAAGUAUUACGUUGUAAUGUUAUACAAUGCAUGUUUUGAAAGCAGCUACGUCGUGACAUAAAAUGGAGUUUAGUCCCUUGUAUUAAGACUAGUAACGUGAUGCAUGUUUUGAUUAU